AUGAUCAGGUUCCGGCAUGGAACACCGUCUCUCAUCCUACUGAUUGUACUGGGACUGCUGCUGGAAUUUGCAGUCGCUCGACGCCAGAAAAGCCGAGCCGCUAAUACGAUUGAGCCGUUGCCACUUGCACUCUCUGGCUGGACAGUCCCUCGUGAAGGUGCUGAGACUUGCAACGACAAUAACCAAUGCACCAACACUCUUCCCGGUCCACCAAUUUCAAGCAAUCUUGAGUACUUAGCAAUAGGUCGAGGCACAAUCACCUAUAGUUGUGCUGGUCGUUCUGGUACACAACAACCACUCUAUGUCACACAAAAUGCCUUUCUAUAUGAUGCCAGCCCUCUAAUACCUCAAUUCUCCUCCGAAGAACAAUUUCACAGCUAUGUUCCUCGAUUUCUGGACUACGACUACACUUCAAUUGACAACUCAAGCCUCAUGUGUAUCGGCGAUCUUCAAAGGAAAGAAGGAUUGACUAUCUUCGACAUCUACAUGGUCGAUGCCUUCUCAGUGAAGGUCAAAGAGGUAGUGUAUUCGCCGGAUAACAUCCAGUUUGACCUGCAAUGGGCACAUUCCAGAGACGACGACGACGAAGAAUGGGACAUAUACAGGGUUGAAACAGCUGGAGGUGGUCCACCAUACAAUUGCGGCGAUCAGAUCAUCAGUGACGAAAUACCUGUCGAAUAUGCAGCAGAAUACUGGUUCUACCACAAAAGCACUGCGUUCCAAGAAGCCACCUUGAGGAUUUCAUGA